CGAUCACUUUGCUCUGCCUUUUGACCUGCAAUGCAUCAACAUACACCUGUUUCCUUUGUCCCAACGUGGAUCUUCGCCUUUCUGUUGGCAUUGGCAUGGUCAGCCGACGGCAUCAGCCGCACUGCCAGGCAGCAGCCAAUGACGGCAUCGCUGCCCGGGCAUGACCACCGGCCAUGCAGCAGCAGAGUGGAAGUGAGAACCGUCACCGGUGAGUGAGAUCAGCGAGGCAUCUCAGUAGCGGGACAGGACAGAGCGCGUCUGUGUUGCUUGUGUUGUCAUGACAGGUGGUCGGUCAUUAUGUGUUGAAGGCCUCGCACCCGAUGCAACCGUGACAGAUUUGAAGGUGCGGGGAUCCACUGGGCUGGGUGUGUGCCCUCUCACUUCGUUCCACACAUACCGUACAUGUUUGUGGUUCGUCCCAUGCAGGCUCGCGUGGAGGUGCUCACGGGGGUGCCUGUGGGGGAUGUACUGACGGUGGACCAGCAGAGGGGGCGGGCAGUGGUCGACAGCGAAGCUCUGGUAAGUGUACCUCCUGAUAACGAACCUGCCUUGCAUCUUUCUGUACUGACUGCCCUGCGCGUGUGUGCAGGUGGAUGGGUCAGGUGUGUACUACGUGUCGCCACGCAUCAGGGGCGGCCUCUCGCUGCAAGUCAAAACACUCUCUGGUACGCGAUUGUCAAUGCCUGAAUGUGUGUGUGGAUGCAUUGCUCUCUGUGUGUGUCUGUGUGUGUGUCCGCCCACCUGUGUGCAGGGAAAACCAUCACUGUUGACGAGAUCGACCCCGACAUGACGAUAGCCUCCGUCAAGGCCAAGAUACAGCAGAAAGAGGGCAUCCCGCCAGACCAACAGCGACUCAUCUUCGGAGGUAACUGACUCUGUCGUGUGCUCAUGUCGUGUGUGUGUGCAUGUGUGUGUGUGUGUUUUUGCAGGCAAGCAGCUUGAGGACCAGAAGACUGUUUCAGACUACGACAUUCAGGCAAGGCAAUGAAGAGAGAGAGACCUCUCCCAUCACAUCCACACAGCACACUCGCACGGAGGUGCAUGUCUGUCUAUGUCCGUGUCGGUGUGUGUGCAGGAAGAUGCAGUUUUGCAUUUGGUGUUGCGGCUGAGGGGCGGCAGAUGACUGACCGACCGAUCGACACACAGACGGAUGGAUGGACUGAUGGGUGUGUAUACUUGUACAUAGUGAUGAGGGAGGGGAGGGGGAGGGGUGUGGGCAUUUUUGACUCAAUUCACUAAUCACUCGUGUCGUGUGACCGACCUGUGGGGAUGGAUUGAUUUAAUAGCUCAUGUAUCUGUCUGGGUCUGUCUGUCCGAAGAAGCUCACAGGCACCACUACUCCACCUCACACAAAAC